AUGUGCCAUAUGUGGUUUAAACACCUUUCUGUUUCGGUAUUACUGAUGAUGGUUGAUGGGAAAGAAAAUAUGCAGACAAGAGCUCCAUUUUUCUCCCACAAACCUUUUGUAGUGGUGUGGAAUGCACCUACUCAACAAUGCCAGAACCGCUACAAGGUGGAUUUAGAUCUCAAAGCUUUUGACAUCCUGCCAAAUCCUGGUGAGACUUUGAGUGGCUCCACUGUGACAAUAUUUUAUCAGAAAUCGUUGGGCUACUAUCCCCACAUUGAAGACAAUGGAGAUUCCAUCAAUGGAGGCAUGCCACAAAACUUCUCCCUAACCAAGCACCUCAGCAAAGCUGAGUCUGACAUUAAUGGUUCCUUACCUAUGAAAAAAUUCCAAGGACUUGGAGUCAUUGACUGGGAAUUCUGGAGACCCCAGUGGGUUAGGAACUGGGGCACAAAAGAUAUUUACAGGCAAAAGUCCCUUGAACUUGUAAGGGAGAAGAAUCCUAAUGCGUCUGAAGCCACAGUAAAGAAUACCGCUAAGGAAGAGUUUGAAAAAGCUGGGAAGAAUUUCAUGAAUGACACCCUUGUCCUAGCUGAAGACAUGAGACCAAGUGGACUUUGGGGUUACUAUCUCUAUCCAGAGUGCUAUAAUUAUGAAUAUAAGGCUUCUCCAACAACAUACACAGGCAAAUGUCCACCCAUUGAAAUUCAACGGAAUGAUGGUCUCCUUUGGCUUUGGCAACAAAGCACUGCCCUUUACCCUUCCCUGUACCUUGACUUGAUGCUGAAGUCGAGCCCAAAUGCUUUGAAAUUUGCACACUAUCGUGUUAAAGAGGCCAUACGCAUUGCUGCUAUAGCUAGAAAAGACUAUGCCUUGCCAGUUUUCGUCUAUGCUAGGCCAUUUUAUAUCAAUACAUUAGAUGAAUUGACAGAGGAGGACUUGGUGAACACUAUUGGUGAGAGUGCAGCAUUGGGUGUAGCAGGAAUCAUCCUUUGGGGGAGCAUGCAGUAUGCCAGUACUCAUGACAACUGUGUAACUGUGAAAAAAUAUAUAAAUGGGCUCUUUGGACAUUAUAUCGUUAACGUGACUUCUGCCACCAACCUCUGUAGUACAGUCCUCUGCAAGAAGAAUGGAAGAUGUAUUCGCAGAAACAGCGAUUCGUAUGACUACCUACACUUGCCUCCUCAGAGUUUUAAGAUUUCGGUCGAUAAUUCUCAAGCAGAUAAAAAAGUCAUUGUGCAAGGAAGUCUGAAGCAGGAGGAUAUAGGUGCCAUGAAAGAAAAAUUCAUGUGUCAGUGUUACCAAGGCUGGAAGGGGAUAUUUUGUGAAGUACCCUCUUCCACAGAUGAAUACCCAAACACCCAAUGUAAUAAAUUGGAAAGGGAACUCAAGAAUCUGAAGGCCAACAUAGGCUCUCCUAACAAUAAUCGUGAUGAAGCCACCGAACAGCAAUGGAAGUUGCAGGCCCAAAUGAAAGAUUACAUGUGGGAGCUGGAUGAAAGCUCCAUUGGUGGAAGCUCCAUUGCUGUGGUUGCGGGACAUGUAUCAUUAGAGAGGGGAGAAGAUAAAUUUGAUGAGGAUGGCAGACCGAUUUGCAGAAGCCGUGGGAAAGUAGGGCAUAUUGCCAGAAGAUGCAUGGCAGAGAAGGGUGAUAGUAGCAAGUGUAUCCAUGAGUUGGAGAAGUCUAAACAAGCUCUGGAGCAGCAGUUGGGGGAGAUGAAAAUUCAUCUGGAAGAGCAGGAGAAUGAGAUGCAGGCCAUAAAAGAUGCCAAGGUGCAUCUGGAAGUGAACCAUCAAGUUAUGAAGGCGCAGUUUGAGCUGGAACUAUGA